AUGGAGAGUCAAGCGUGCAGCUCGAACGCCGCCCGCUCACCCUGCUCAACUACAACCUAUUCGGCCGCUGCCGCCUGCUCGACUACGCCCUCCGACAACGUGCUCACCGACGACAACCUGCUCGACAUCAUCCUCGGAAUCCAUCGAAUCUGCGGCGACGCCUGGGACAGCCGUCGCUCCGUCAGCCACUCGUUGCUGCGAACCCUCGAUAGCCAGGUCAUCACCUAUGCGGAUGGCGGCGCCGGCGCGGCGGCCCGCGCGGAGGUGGCCCUGUGCCGAUUCCCCGCCCUUCGCGAGCUGCGCAUUCGAGGCCUCGAUGACUUGAAGCGGCUGCUUCCGAUCCUCGCCAGCCGGCACUGCGCACAGGCCUGGCGGCUGCCUCACUCGAGGCUCUCGGCCGGCCUUCCGUCGCUCGGCCUUCCCUCUGUCGCGCCGCACGGCCGGAUGGUCCGGCUGGAGCUCUCGGGCUGCGGCGCGCUCACCGACUCUGACCUCGAGAGCCUCGCCGAGGCGCUUCCGCAGCUCGAGGAGCUGCAGCUUUCCUGCAACGCGCAGCUGGUGCGGCCGAGGCUGGGCGGGCUGCGCAGGCUGCGCGUGGCGGCGCUGUACAUCUGCGCCUCGCUUCAGGACGGCGCCGUCGACGACCUCUGCCGCGGCUCCCCCCUCCUCCGCGAGCUCUCCGUGUGGCGCUGCUCGGCGCUGCGCCGGCCGAGCCUCGCGGCGCCGCAGCUCAAGCAGCUGAACGUCUCCGAGUGCUUCGAGCUGACGGAGGAGGCGCUGGUGGGCGCGCUGCGGCGAUGGGGGGAGAUGCUCCGCUCGCUGAUCGCCACCGGCUGCGACGGGCGCCUCUCGCACCUCAAGCUCGCGGGGUGCGCGGCGCUGCUCGACGCGGCGCUCGAGCGCGCGUGCGUCCGCUCGCCGAGGCCGCGCAAGCUCGCCGUCGCCCCCGCCGACGAGAUUGCGCGAGGCUGA